AUGGAUGACCACCACAAAUAUUUUCGAGCACUUCUCCUAUUGGCUUCGGUGCGUCAUAGAAACACUAAAGAUAGAAUAUUGUUUGCUUCGCCUACUUGUUUUAAUUCCUCAUUUGUAGAAUCCAUCUUGUCAGAAGGCUUCCCAAUAAUAGUUCUUAAUUCUGCCAUAAUCCAAGUCAUGGAUUCGCCAUCAUGA